AAGACCGAGUGUAAGACUGCAUUUCCACCACACACAGUGUUUCUGCUUAUGGACAUUAGUUAUUAAAAAUGCAGGUGUGUUUUUAUCUUCUCCUUCUUCUCCACAUCACUGAAGGCUGCAGGCUGAAAGGAAAUGGAGAGACAGAAGAGAUCGCUGCAUACACAGGAGGCUCAGUACUGCUGCCCUGCUCCUGCACUGACCUCCACAGAAAACCUGAGACAUUCACAUGGGAGAAAUACACAAAUGAAAAUAACUGGGUACAGAUAUCUCCUGAGAGUGAUCAGUACAAAGAGAGAUAUCAGCUGGUUAAUGAUCACUCUUCAGGAAAUCUCUCUCUGCUCAUAUCACACCUAACUGAAGAGGAUGGAGGAGUUUACAGGUGUAGUGUUAAAGGGGCUGAAUACAGAGACAUCAGACUCACUGUUAAAGGUUGCACACUGAAUCAACAGACAGUGGAUGUGACUGGAAACGUGGGACAGUCUGUCCUUCUGCCCUGCUCCUGCUCUGAACUACAAGCCAAACCACAUACUUUCAGAUGGAGCUUUUAUAAAGGAUCAGAUCCCAUAAAGAUCUUCCCAAAGGACCAGACAAAUCGCUACACAGGCAGAGUUCAGCUCUUUAAUGAUCAUCUUCCUAGAAAUGUCUCUCUACUCAUAUCACACCUGACUGUAGAGGAUGGAGGAUGGUACAGGUGUGAGAUCAACAACAAAAUCAAUACAGACAUCUACCUCACAGUGAAAGAGGCCCCAGGAAGACCUUCAAUUUCCACACCAAAGAGCAAACCAGACAUCAUAACUACUAAACCAACCCUGGAGGCCCGUGACAAAAAAACUGGUGAUGAGAAAUUAAAAGAAGAUUCUAGUCAAUCAGAUUCCAUUGAAAACCCAACUGCUAACCACCAGAUCAUCAUCAUCAGCUCUAGUGUUGCUGGAGUUCUGCUGCUGCUGCUGAUACUUGGAGGAUUCAUCUACUGGAAACACAGAGGACAGAAACGAGGACAGACCCAGACCAGUGAUGGACAAACAGGACAGAAGACACAGCAGGAGAAGCAGGAGCUUAAUGAACCUCUGAACUUAACCGUAACUUCAGAGCCCACUUAUGAAGCAGUAGACAAACAGAAUGAUUCUAGUGUUCUGUAUGCAGUUAUAAAUCCACAAACUAAACUCAAGAAAGCAGAAGUAAAGGAUGAUGUGACGUACUCCUCUGUAGUCCACAGUAACACUGUGAGAGCGGCACACACUCCAGUGGAAUCAGGAGAUACUACAGUAUAUGCUAGCAUCAAAACUAACUAACACACACACACACACACACACACACGCUAUUAUAUCAGUGAGGUUUUUCCAUUGCCUUGUGUGUUAUUAAUGUGUGUUAGCUAAAUAAUACAACCCUUUUAUCUCAAAAUGUCUUGAAAAAAGUUUUAGAUGAUAUAAAAUAAUAUUUUUGUAACCACAUUAUUUUGUACUAACAUUAAUGAAUUAUUCAAUUCAGUUCAAUUCAAUUUAUUUUGUAUAGCGCCUUUUACAAUGAACAUUGUCUCAAAGCAGCUUUACAAAAGAAGAAAACAGAGAAUGGGGAGGGGAAAAUGAAAAAUAACUAAUUAACUAGAAAUAAGACUAAAUUAUUAAAUUCUAUAAUUAGACUAUUUUAUCCCUAAUGAGCAAGCCUGUGGCAAUGGUGGCAAGGAAAAACUCUCUGGGAUGGAAAGGAAGAAACCUUGAGAGGAACCAGGCUCAGAAGGGAACCCAUCCUCAUUUGGGUGACACUAAACAGAAAAUAAUGUAACUGUAACUGAUUAAUGUCCUUUCUAUAACAGAAAUCAAUGGCCCAUGAGGAACUAUUAGGUCAUUGUAGUUUCUAAGGUCAUUAUAAGCACUAGUUCUUUGCUGUCACGGGCUGACAGAUUAAAUGGCAUAUCUGUGAUGGUGUGAAAGUCCCCAAGUGGCUCUGUCCAUGGCUGUCUCCUGGUCCACACAGAUCCAUCCACAGCAUCAGUGGGCACCAUCAAGCGGUGAGACUCCGACCAGGGGUAGGGCAGCGGUCGCACUGGAAACUGGCAAACAGUGGGAGCUCAGGAGGGGGGUGUAUAGCUCCACAGAGAAGGCAGAGAGAGAAAAAGAAAGAUAUUAAGUUUCUGAUCAUGUUAUGCUUAAAGACAAUGUAGAAUUAUGUGUAAAGUGCAGGCAGGGACUCCGGCAAGACUAGCUAUGACAGCAUAACUAAAAGGGAGAGCCAGAAGGUCACAGACAUGAAGGCUUCCCGGGCAUAAAGCAUCCAACCACUUCACAGUCAGCAAAACUGAGCAACUUGUGAGGGUGGUAAGAUGACAGCAUCCAAACAUCCCAGUCACCAAACACUCUAUGCCCAUGAACCUUCCAGAUCUGCUCCUUUACCUAAGAACUAUAUAUUAAAAGCUUGACUAAAGAAAUGUGUCUUCAGCCUAGACUUAA